CCCGCUCGCUCUCCCUCUCUCUCUCUUUCGAUCGCUCGUCAUCGAAGGAAGCCAAAGAAGAGAGAGCACGCACGCGAAGAUUCCGAAGGAGAACGCUCUCCCGUCGCACAAUCCGAAGUCGGCCCAGUCUCUGCGAGCGAGAGGGUGAGCGAAUUGAGGGAGGACUCCCGUCCUGAGAUGUCUUUGGCCGAGUGGGGGAAGCGGCGGUGGUCCUGGUCGUAGCAGAGAGGGAAGUGCAGAACGCCUCCAUCGCGUGGGAGAAGGAGCGAUAACCCAAUCCGUUGACUUCUUUUUAUCCUCUGUCCCAUACUUUUGCCUCCUUUGCUCCUUUCCACCGUUCUCGGGUUCCAGUGGCUGCUCUCGGAAGAACGCUACGUGCUUUCGGAGAUGUCGACGAAGGUGCGGAACGGCGACGCGGGUGACGCGAAGCCGGAGGUCGUGUGGGCCACCUGCGUGUGCUGCGGACUAAUGGAGGAGUGCACGUCGGCUUACGUCGCGCGUGUGCGCGAACGGUACGGGGGCAGCUGGGUAUGCGGCCUCUGCGGUGAGGCCGUCAAGGACGAGAUCCGCCGCUCCGGCCACCGUAUCUCCACGGAGGAGGCCCUCAGCCGCCACAUCAGCUUCUCCGAGAGCUUCCGCUCCGCUUCCCCACCCAUCGACACCGCGGAGCACCUCAUCACCGCUAUGCGCCAGCUCCUCCGCCGCAGCCUCGAGUCGCCGCGGGCGAUGCGCUCCACUCCCAACAGCCCUCAACGUGAGGCUGAGGGGGAGGACGGCGCCGUGUCCUCCGACGCCGCCCGUCGCUCGCUCGCACGGUCCGGGAGCUGCUUCUCGACUCUGUCUCGCUGAUUGAACCAAAUGGGACAAAGCCCUCAGCCAACAAAUCUCAAGGUAAAAGUAAAAAACCAUCAUUGGGACAGGAAAUCAAUUAAAUGUCACUAUUUAGAUCUCGAACAAUACCCAUAUAUCUAAUUCUUAGACAAUUAUGUUUACCUUACCAUUUCAAUCAAAUCAAUGCAACCAAUGCAGAGAGAACAUGACGAAAAUCAUUCUUUUCCACAAAAAAAAGAGAUAAAACAAUAAAAUCUUUGCUAAAUUGAUUCUCUGUGCAGUUAGUAUUACUGUAUGGGAUUUUGUUGAUCGCCUCUCUGCAUGCUAUUUAUCAUGUGGUUCUUGGUGAAGGGAGUAAUGCCUUUUAUGUAAAUAUCACACAAUUUGUGUUCAUAGAUGUUUCAGUAAGUUCCAAAAGUUUGAUUGAUGUGGAUGUGGAGAUCUUGGAAGUAUUCGGUUGGACAGGGAAGAUGUUUUGUUGUUUCUGCUUACUGUGACAAGUAGGUGGGGGAGGCUUGUCACAUUUGGACCAUGGUCUGGUAAGUUGUUUUACAGGUUAUUAUUCACAUGUUACUUGCUUGAUAAUGUGAUUUCUAGCUAAGUAAUGUAUGAUUUCAUGCUAAUCCUAUUAAGCCAAAUCCAUCAACCACACACAAACACACAGAGAAAGAAAUAGUUUAUCAACAGAACCAAGUUUUUUCUUAGUCCUUUCAGAGAAAAACUGCUUAUGUGCCUCUCUACAGUUUGGGGAGGAUUUUGUUGCACAAAAAUUGUAGAAUGUUCUAUAUGCAGCAUGCACAACUUAUGAUCUGAAAUUACUGGUUACCUGUACAUCUGUGUUUCACAGGACAUAUGAGUAUUUAUACAUUUGGGAGGAUAAAUGUAGAGACUUUCUGAACAUUGCAAGGUAUUUAUAGAAUUGACCCUUCUCAUUCUAUGCAGAUCUUUAGCACAAUCCUGAUGGUUGGUGAAUUAUCUUUAGGUUGUGAUAUUAGUUUUUACACUAAUGCAAGAAGAACCAAUUCUUCUUGACAGGGCUACUGAAUUGUCUUUUAGUAUGUACAACUCGAAAGAUCUGAAACUUAUUAGAGACAUGCACUUCCAGAGGUAUACAUCUGUAUUCACAGGACAUAUGAUUUUUUUGCAUUUGAGAGGGGUGUAUAUGAAACUUUUGAACAUUGCAAAGUAUCUAUAUAAUAGACCCUUUUAAUUC